AUGCUGCAACGAUGGACCGCGAUCCGGCCCAAGCUGCGCUAUGGGCUAGCGACUGCAGCAUUGGGCGCCAGUGUCGCUGCAGGCGUUGCGCUUGAAAAUGACAAUGCGAGCGAGCUCCACUUGCUGCGACGCUACUUGGCGGCGAAGCGCGAGAACUACCAUGCAUCCCUGAAUGACGAGGAGAAGGCCCUCGAUGGCACGUGGCUCAUGAAGGCGACACCGAGCUUCCCGCACGUCGUCGUCGUGUCGCCGCAAGACCAUGCGACGACCGUCACCUCCAUGCUCCUGCGUGGUGGCAUCGAAGUGCCUCUCGGCGACGUCGUCUCCUUCUCGUCGUCACUGCGAUCGCCACCGAUCGAGAGCGUGCGCUCGCUCUGGGUGCGCUUUUUGCGCAAAGUGCGCGCGUGCCAGUUCUACUUGGAGUCUGGUUUGCGGAGCGAUCUGUACGACGCCCGGCUCCUGCAAUACGAGCUCGAUCUGCUGACGCAGGCGCUUCAGCAGGAGUCGCGUGCUGACGACGACGACGCACUUGUCUACAUUUUGGCGCCACGCGAAGCGUUGACAGAGUGCUCGACCGAUCGCCGGGCGCUGUACCAAACGUGGGGCCAAGCACUCACGUCGCAGCAGCUCGCACACGUGGUGUGGACGGCCCCGACAUGCGCCGCGAUCACCGAGUUUGUCGUUGCGAAGCGCGAGAGCAGCGACAUUUGCUUGCUUGUGCGUCCGCAGAGCGCGUGUGUGGAUGCGUCGUCUGCCGAGGAAAAGCUGGCGAUGCUCGCGGCGCACUACGACCUCGUGCUUUCCCCCGAUGACGUCGACCGCAUCACUGCCCUUGUGGGCAACUGGUGGACCGACUUGGAGGACAUCUGUGCGUCCGUGGCCGCAAGUCGGACAGAUGACGACAUGAGCGUCAUUGUCGACGAUGUCUGCACGGUGUUCGAGGCGACGCUUGUCGCCGCACUCAAAACGUACUUGCGCCUACCCGAUGACGUGGCGAGCUGUGCGGCCUUGGGUCGCACCGCCCAGAUCGAGCUUCUCGAAAAGUGGCAUGCGUUCGAGGCAGCCUGCGGCCUCAGCAACGAGAGCGCGCAGGUGCUGGCAAAUGCGCAAGCGCUCAUCAAGCCCAAGGGCUCGUCGCCAUUGCCGGACGUGCGGCUAGUGCUCGCGGCGUUUGCAGCCAGCGGCGUCACGGGCGAGCGGCGGUUCUGGGAUCUCUUCGCCUCUAACUGGGUCCAGCUCGAGCCAAACAGCGCUGUUGCCGUCGGCGUUGUGCCCUGCGACGCCAUCGACAUUCUGCGCGGAUGCUCGGUCGUCGUACGUCCGUUGCUGCUGCGUCACUUCCGUGCGCUUUGGUCGGACGAUGCGACGUGGACUGCGGUGCAGGACCUCCAACACGCCCUCGACGCCCAAGAGCUGCGCGACAACGUCCUCAACUACGAGAGCGAAGUCGAGAUGGCGACGCGGCUCUUCCACAAGAAGCGCGCCGAGUACGAGCUCGCGUGGAGUGCAUUUGACGACGCAGAGAAGGCCCAGUACGCGGCCGAGCUGUACCUUCAGGAGCUUCGGCUGCAAACACAGCGGGAGCACAUCCAGCGGCUCAAGACAGUGUACGGGGUGCCAGCGUAAGCCACUUCGUUGCGGCAUAGAGAAGAAUGGGUUUGAAAAA